AUGGCCGCGCUGCGCUUCGGGGGGUCCCCGGCGGAGCCGCCCGCCUUCCCCGCGGGCAGGUGGGCGGGGGGCGGCGGGCCCGGCCCUGGCCCUGCCUCGUCCGCCCUCAGGGCGCUUCCCUCGGCCGAGCCGUCGGAGGGGGCGCCGGCGGCCUCGCAGCGUCGGAAGCGGACGAGCUUCACGGCGGCGCAGCUGGAGACGCUGGAGCUGGUUUUCCAGGACACCAUGUACCCGGACAUCUAUCUGAGGGAGAAGCUGGCGGACGCCACCCAGAUCCCCGAGUCCCGCAUCCAGGUGUGGUUCCAGAACCGCCGCGCCAAGUCCCGCCGCCAGCGGGGACCGCCCCGCCCCGGCCCCGCCGCGCCGCCCGGCCGGGCUGAGCCCGCCCCGUUCGCGGGGAGCGCCGCCGGCCCCUUCGCGCCGGCCCGCGCCUUCUGCGGGCAGUACUCGCCCGUGUCGGACGCCGAGGACACCAGCGGCUACUCGGAGUCGGGCUCGGAGUGGGAGGAGAACGCGCUCAGCGCCUUCCGCGCCCUCUGA